AGGUGGACUGAAGAGAACCGCUGUUGGACUCGUGGCAGCACCCAGCACACCUCCUCCUCACACUCUCCUCCACCAAGACCUCCACCAUGGCUUCCACACUCGCCCAGGUCGCCAAAGCAGCCCUCAUCAAGGCCCCCAGCCAUGCCAGGGUCGCCGUGCCCACCGCCAUGGCCCAGAAAAGGACAUAUACAACAGACAAGCGCAUUGAGGUCAAGAACCCUGUGGUGGAGCUCGAUGGUGAUGAGAUGACCCGCAUCAUCUGGGAGAAGAUCAAGGAGUCCCUCAUCUUCCCCUACCUCAAGAUCGACUGCAAGUACUAUGACCUUGGGCUGCCCUACCGCGACCAGACCGACGACCAGGUGACCAUCGACUCCGCGCUGGCCAUCAAGAAGUACAACGUGGGCAUCAAGUGCGCCACCAUCACCCCCGACGAGCAGCGCGUUGAGGAGUUCAAGCUCAAGAAGAUGUGGCUGAGUCCCAAUGGCACCAUCCGUAACAUCCUCGGCGGCACGGUGUUCCGCGAGCCCAUCAUCUGCAAGACCAUCCCCCGCCUGGUGCCCGGAUGGACCCAGAGCAUCAUCAUCGGCAGGCACGCGCACGGAGACCAGUACAAGGCCACCGAUCUCGUCAUCCCAGGCAAUGGCAGUGUGGAGCUCAUAUACACUCCCGAGGGCGGCCAGCCUCAGGUGACCAAGGUGUUUGACUUCAAGAGCGGCGGCGGCGUCACCAUGGCCAUGUACAACACCGACGAGUCCAUUCGCGACUUCGCUCACUCGUCCUUCCAGGUGGCGCUGAACAAGGGCUGGCCGCUCUACAUGUCCACCAAGAACACUAUCCUUAAGCGCUAUGAUGGUCGCUUCAAGGACAUCUUCGAGGAGAUCUUCCAGGCACAGUACAAGAAAGACUUUGACGCCAAGGGGAUCUGGUACGAGCACCGCCUCAUCGAUGACAUGGUGGCUCAGGGCCUCAAGUCGUCUGGUGGCUUCGUGUGGGCGUGCAAGAACUAUGACGGUGAUGUCCAGUCCGAUGUGGUGGCUCAGGGCUAUGGUUCCCUCGGCCUCAUGACCUCCGUGCUGAUGUGUCCCGACGGCAAGACCAUUGAGUCCGAGGCGGCGCACGGCACAGUGACCAGGCACUACAGGGAGCACCAGAAGGGCAACAAGACCUCCACCAACCCCGUGGCAUCCAUCUUCGCCUGGACCCGCGGCCUGGAGCACCGCGCCAAGCUGGACGACACCCCGGAGCUGGCCAGGUUCGCCAAGAGUCUGGAAGCCGCUUGUGUGGACACCGUUGACUCCGGCAAGAUGACCAAGGAUCUGGCCGGCUGCAUCCACGGUCUCAAGAACCUCAAGGAGGGAAUGUUCCUUCACACCAACGACUUCCUGGAGGCCAUCCGUGAGGACCUGGCCAAGAAGAUGGCCUAAGGCAGCAGCAAACAGGCAGGCUGCAAGGUGAGGCCAGUCUGCCUGGGGUGUGCGAGGGAGUUGCCACAAGUUCAAACCUUCAGUGUGGGAUGGCAUAGUUAACAGAAAACUUGUUGCAUAAACCAUGCUGCUCCCAACUCUUUGGCUCAAUAAUUAUAUAUGCAGAUAUGUGUUCAGGGUGUGACAUCUGAUUCUGAGGUACAAAGGAUUCCACGUCGGCAGCUGUGAGCCAAGAAGUAUAUUUAUGAGUUGCUGGGGAUUGAACCCCAGGGUGGAACACAGACUGCUUGCCACGACCAGCAGGGCCCGCCCGGGUGACCAUCAGGUUGAGUUUUGUUAGCCUUGUUCGUUCUAUCACUCCUAGGGCUUGGCAGAUCUGAAUUAGCCAUAAUUUUAAUGAAUUUCAAUCAGUGCAGCGUCUUUUCUGAUGAACUGGUGUCAAAGAGAGCAAUGACGUAAAUGUAAAGCUGUUGAUACUGUUAAAGUUUGAAGAGAACUUGUUCGAAGGUUCACCCUGAGUGUAGUGUAGGAGCCAUGGUUACCAGGCGUGUAGGUGCCGCUGCUCCCAGACAAUCAUUGGGAAGCGCCUCCAUUUAGAAAUCUACCCUGCUAAGUGUAAAUUGUGAAUCCCAUCUGUUAGCAAUGAUCAGAAUGAGUGUUCAUCAACUUACUCCAAACUUAGUCUAGCAUACCGUUGCUGAAAAUUAAAUUGUUAUGUAUGGCAGUGUCAUAUAGCAGAUCAGAGCUCAUACAUUUGUAUCAAGCUAGCUGAAGUGUUCCUUGAUGUUCUACGUAGCAACUACAUAAUUAUUAAAAUCAGCAAGGUGGCAAUACAUAGUAAUGCAUUGGCGGCUCAUUAAAGGAAUACUAGUCAUGCAGUGCGUUGCGAUACGUGUUUGUUGCUGCCUGACGGUGCAAUACUGGGCAUGGUCUUGGGGAAAGCCUUGGGUCACCGAGGACACGGGGAGAGAGAUUUGCAAUGACAACACUGGCGUCUGUUUGCUAGAUACUUACAGGAGGUAGAGGGUCUGUCUUUGUCUGUGUGUCUCGUCAACUUGCAGACCGAGGAUGAGAAAAGCUUAGCCUGCAGCAGGAUGACAGACAGUACAGGCAGACAGAGGGCAAUGCAGAGUCAUCUAUUUAAAGUGUGUUUGUGUGCGUUGUUUUCUCAGCAUGUCACGAGCAGACGUCCUCCGGGAAUGUUUAAGAGUUGUGUUCCUGGCAGGCGCUUCGGUCCGUGGCAUGCAAGGAAAACACUGCAAGCUACUCAGACACUCAUAAGAUGGGGACUCGCUGUAGUAUUAGGGAAAUUUUAGUUUUAAAUUAACAUAAAAUCCUUAACCCCCCUUACAAGAAGCAGGUUUAGCUUUGAAUGUGAUCGGUGCAAGAUUCACCGUGAUUUUCAGUUCCAUCUCAGGUGUGUUCACUAGAGUACCUAUUACCUUGUUGUAGCGAACCCAGCGGACUGUCAACCUAACAAUGACGAGCUUCUCGGAGCGUGAGAAUCACCCACAACCUGACAAAACAUUAACUGUAGUCAUUCCACACACUGUAUAUAUAUAAAAAUCCAAUAAAAACUUUUAAUAAUA